AGCUUUACGUGUGACACAAAGUAAAUAACACAGCUCAUUGUUACAUAUAACAUUAUGCUGUUGUUGUUGUUGUGCUAAUUAAUACCCAGAGUACCAAUAACAAUACUCAUAGCGUGGGGAACUACACGCUUGUGGAAGAAAAUGAAUGUGGGGCGGGCUGCUGAUGAGGGACUGAUCUUGCAUUUGAAAGCAGUUAGCGCUCACUGCGUUUAUUGGCCGCUUGCUCAAGCCCCGCCCUUAUUAAGCCCAGAAUAGUCCUGGUAAUCCCAUACUAUUGGCUGAUUGCUACAAUUUCCCGGGCCUUUAGAUGUGCAAUGAUUGGUGUAGAAGAGCCGGUUAGAGCUGCUGCUGAUUGGCUCUAUAUUCCUUUUGCUAUGUGGUGAUUGGCUGAGGUAUGCACUGCACUGUGUUGUGAUUGGCUGUACUCAGCUCCGCCGGCAGUACACAGAGCGAAGUACUCACACGUGCAGGCGUUGUUGUGUGAGGAGAUGUUGUUGGCUGCUCACUCUCUCUAUAACGAACCGCACAUGGCACCCAAGUGUUGUUACCGGCAGCCCGGCACUAAGCCGAGGAUACCCGGGAAACCCGGCGGUACCCAGACCGGGGAGCAAGGAGCGGCGGGCGGCGGCGCUGCAGUAAAAGAACCGUUCGAGAGCUCUUACCAAGUGGGGUCAGUCAUCGGUACUGGAGGCUUUGGGACAGUUUAUUCUGGUGUGAGGAUUUCAGACAAUUUACCUGUCGCGAUCAAGCAUGUGUCCAGGGAUCGGAUUGGAGAGAUGAAGCUCUUGAAUGGGACCCUUGUUCCACUAGAGAUCUAUCUAAUGAAAAAGGUGUCAACCGGCUGCAGAGGGGUGAUUAGACUGCUUGAUUGGUAUGAGCGACCAGAUAGCUUCAUCAUCAUUAUGGAGAGACCUGAGCCAGUGCAAGACUUAUUUGACUUCAUCACAGAACGGGGAGCUCUGAGCGAGGACCUGGCUGCUAAUUUUUUUCGACAAGUUGUGGAGGCUGUAAGACACUGCCACAAGUGUGACGUAGUUCACCGGGACAUCAAAGAUGAGAAUAUCCUAGUAGAUCUACGAACAGCUGAACUCAAGCUCAUUGACUUUGGCUCUGGGGCUUUACUCCGGGAUGCUGUUUACACAGAUUUUGAUGGUACACGUGUGUAUAGCCCACCAGAAUGGAUACGGUUUCAUCGGUACCAUGGAUGUUCUGCCACAGUCUGGUCCCUUGGCAUUUUGCUAUAUGACAUGGUAUGCGGUGAUAUUCCUUUUGAGCAUGACGAUGAAAUUCUAAAAGGCAAAAUCCAGUAUCGCUGCAAGAUAUCUAGAGAGUGUCAACACCUAAUUGAAUGGUGCCUUUCAAAAAGGCCUUCAGAUAGACCUUCAAUAGAACAGAUCCUUUCUCAUCCAUGGAUGUCACAAGAAAACUUUCUUGACCCAAAGGAUGCUAUAAAAGUGUCAAGAAAGAUGGACCAAGAGGCCACUGGCACAAGCCAUGAGGGACUUUGAUUACAUAUAAAACUUCUUGCUAUGUGAUGUGGGAAGCAUCUGAGACGCUGUCCUGAUAUGGAUGGGCUGGCAUGGGCUUUUGCUGGCCCAGUUUGCUAGCUGGGACUCCUGGGGGGCAGAAGGAGCUGUCAACUUGUGAGAUACCUUGGGAGACCCUAGCAAGGAACUUCUCUCCAUAGAAACAUGGUGAUCUGAGGGCUGACAGAUGCCCGUCAUCUUUUCCAAAAGACUCUGGCAGGGAAAAGGUGAAAUGGCUUAACGGGCCCUAGUGCAGAUUCUAAAGUGGGCCCUUGAGUCUAGUAGCUUCACAAUCUGCAGACUGCGGUUUUACAUUCUUACUAGCUGCCCAUUUUUAGAUUGUGCAUUCACUUACUACAAAACUUAUUGCUAAAUAUUAUACUUCUGUUUUAUUUUUUCAUUUGUUAAAUUCCACCUCAAAUAAUUAUAUAAUGAAGUCAUAAUUAUCAAAUAUGUCUGCCUUGUUUUUAAUGGGCAGCUAACAGAAGAAAUCUUUAGUGUAAGUGUUUGUAAUGAAAUGAAUGCACUGUUCAAAUUGCUUGACUGUAGCUUCCCAGCACUGAAGACCGUACAAGUUAAAAUUUAAUGCGAAGUAGUGGGAAUGCUGCUUUUCUGUGUGGAAAUCUUUUCACACUUUUUUUUUUUUUUUUUCUCUUUGACCAACAAUGCUCAAGUGGAAUAAAACAAUCCACUUGUAACUUCAAAUGACUGAGUAAGAACUGUCUUAAUGCUUUUAAAUAUCAAAUGCUGAAAACAGUCUUUCCUGGAGUCAACCUACCAGCUGCUUUUUGUUUUAUUUUUUUUAUAUAAUUUAUUUUUGUGUACAUUUUAGCUGCUGGAGGGGCCUUGAAUGUGACGUAGCAGUGAGGGUUAACUCCAACCUUCCUCAGGGAAAAGUGAGUGUGAUAGGGAUUUGUCAAACUCAUAUUCAUUGGGAAAAGCGACAAGUGUAGUGGGAGUCUGAAAAUGCAGAUUAGGUGACUUCCCACUGACUGGAGCUGGAUUUUCAGAGCUAGUUUACCAUAACUGCUCACUGCAAUCUUCUGUCUUUACAUUUUACCACAAAGUUGGGUUCAUGUUGUGUGUGUUUUUGUUUCUAGAGUUUUUUCCUUUAUCAUUAAAUGUUCUGUCUUUGCUUUACAUUUUUGUAAACCUUUAGCAAAAGUUUUACACUAAGUAGGAAAUGUUCUAAAAUGUAAGUUGACAAAUAAGUAGACAAGUACUGAGGACCUGUUGCAAAACAAAGCUCUACUACUGUCCAUUUCCUGAAGUCUGUUGUUGCCUUACUGCCUGUAAUGUCAGUUACUGGGAGUGCUGUAGAAGACUUCAGGCUCACUAUAUAGGACAUUACAGGUCGCCCACCCCAAACAAAAAAAUCCUGUUACUAUUCUGCUCCCACCAGAGUUGUCAUCCACAUCCCAUUUGUGCUAAAUAGCAUUGCAACUGUUCACGUACGGUUGCUUCAACCCAAUUUUAAUCUGUAAGAGGAUCAUUUGGGCAACGUUUUCACACAGCCUGCUAACCUUGUAUAGCUGGUCUACUUUGUCAAGAUAGCUAUAACCCAUCAAAUGUUUACAUUUUUAUUUAUCUGAAAUUUUAUAUUUGAGACAAAGCAUAAAUCCAGCAGUUUUCGUGCUUUACCUAUUGUCUAUUAAAUUUACACUCCACUGGCAUAAAUAUUCAUUUGGAGUGUAUUUUGUGUGAUACAACAUAGCAGUACUCCAGCAUUAAUAAGUAGCAGGCCCCCUCUCGCAUCAAAGGUUAAGGAAAAUGCACAUUGGAACGUUGGUGGGGCCUCUAGAAACACAAACGUUUUUACAUCCGUAAAUGAGAUCUACAUAUUGCCACAAGAGGAUCAGCCUGUAAUGUGUAACAAUCCUGUAGGCUACCUGGUGUGGCAGCUCAUACCUAAAGCGUAAAAAUUAACCCCUGGGCUCAUUACUGUAUUUUAAGAAAGGGAUGCCAUAGGGUUGAGAUUGUUUUGAGCACGAUGCUGACCAUUGUAAAGUACUUGUGCAACCCAUGUUCACAUAGCGCAGUUCCUUCAGAGUGUCCUUGUGUAUCUGGUCAUUCCUGCACUGUAUUGAAAUGUUGAGGUCAUAUGUUGGUUCAUCCUGUACUGCACAGGAUUCUCUGGUCCUAUUCUAAUUUAUUUUAUUUAAUCUGGAGAAUUUGUGGCUCAUGUUUGUGUUUGCUUUUUAUUUAUAGACCAUUUGUUUUCUUUAAAAUAUUGUAUUUAUAUUUGUUACAUUCUGGAGAUCAGAUUUUGCCUUUGGUCAGUUUUUAUGUAAGUGUUUAUAUUGAUUUCCUUUUUAAUAAAACAAUUUUUUUUUA